AUGGAUCCCAGCAGCAAUGGCUCUGAAACGAUACCAAACAGAGAUGGAGAUGCGCAUGAGCAUUUUGCGCACAUCAGAGCUGGGAUUUUGGUUUUGAUUUUCGUCCUAGCCACAAGUGGUAAUCUGUUCUUCUUGGGCACACUUUGGAAGAAGCGAAAAAGAAACACGAGGACCCAACUGUUUCUCUUGCACUUGUGCUUGGCAGAUCUGGUGGUGGCAUUUUUCCAAGUCCUACCGCAGUUUCUCAUUGAAAUUACGCAAAGGUUCCGAGGCACAGACUUCUUGUGCCGCUCCGUAAAAUACCUGCAGGUGGUCGGGAUGUUUGCCUCUGCUUACAUGAUAGUGGCUAUAACCAUAGAUCGGUAUCAUGCGGUGUGUAAACCGAUGGUUUCCUUCUUAAAGAAUUCAUUCAGGAGGUAUCUCUCCAUAGGCGCCGCGUGGCUCAUCGCCCUCGCCUUCAGCUCUCCUCAGCUCUUCAUCUUCUCUCUCCAGGAGGUAGAGGAGCAUCAGUACGACUGCUGGGCGACGUUUAUUGAACCAUGGGGGAGCCGGAUCUACAUCACCUGGAUCACACUCUCAGUGUAUGCCCUGCCUGCCAUGAUUCUGCUCUAUUGCCAAUUAAGAAUAUGCACAACUAUCUACUUCAACAUGAAGAGAAAGGCGCUGCAGGCAGGGCGCACGGGCACGAAGGGGGUGUCAAAUGCAAAGAUGAAGACUGUGAAGAUGACAUUUGUUAUUAUAAUGACAUACACGGUGUGUUGGAGCCCCUUCUUUGUUGUCCAGCUAUGGUCUGCAUGGAGCCCAAGCACUGCACCUACUGAAGGUACAGUGUUUGCCGUCAUCAUGCUGCUGGCCAGUCUCAACAGCUGCACCAACCCCUGGAUAUAUCUCUACUACAGCUAAAAAAAAACAUAACGCCAGAGCUGCAUGAACCAAAACUGAUACAGAUGUUCCAUAUCAAAGGACAUGCCACUCCAGACACAAGACAGAGACUAAUGAAGUCCAGAAGGGUCAUCUGGAUGAGGA